GACUGUCAUAAUAUGCGACGCUGAAUUUUGUGAAAAAUUAACAAAACUUAACAUACUAUGCGCCCCGUUUUCGUAUACAAGAAGUAUUCACAAUAUUUUAAAAAUGUAAAAAGGAUUGUUUGGUAUAUUUAUUAUACAUUCUAAGUGAAAAAAAAAAAUACAAAUGUGUACAAACUCAGCACGCCUAGUGAACAGCCUGGAGUGUUAUAUGGACGACCUGGUGGACUGCUUUGAGGAUUUCGUCAAGAAGUCCCUCCUCAUCAUCUCCGUAGCAGUGGGAGCACUCAUCGUGAUGCUGGGAUACGUUCUGAAGAUCAUCUCUGAGAGAGCGCAAGUCCCACUCUUGGGAUCACCAGCCGUAGCUCAGCAAAUAGACACGACUAGAACUUCGUGCCCCCAAAGCUGCAGCUCAGCUCGAACGAGCCAACCUGACGUGCAGAAUGACCUCCAGAAGUCCAAAAGUAGCACUCUCCCCCAAAAGUCUACCAACAGCAUAGCCAUGCCUUGCUUCAGGAAGGACUGCAGGAAGACCAUGUCAGCUGCAGCGAAUACUGGUCCUCUGUCAAGCACACCGAGCUUUGAUGAGAAAGUGCUAAGGAAUAUUGGAUUGUCGAGCUGUUCUAAAAGCUGCGUUCAGAGCAAACGGCAUAUGAUACGUAAUGGUUCGGCUUCUAGGCUUGCAAUUCCAAGUAUGCCAACGUGCAUUCCAAAUCACCACAUAUCAACUCCUCGCCCCUGCUCCAAGUUCGUGGCCAGCCGAAACUCUUGCUGCUCGAUGUGCUGCGCAGACGACGAUCGGCGAUGACGAACAAGUGAACAUCAACGUCAUGAUCAGUCAAAGGUCAACGAUGAUCAGUCAAAACAUCAACACUGAUCAGAUAAGGCAAUUGAUUUAAGUUCUAUCUCUCAUCAGGUGCAAUUUUAUUAUAAAAUAAAAUUUUGAAAGAUUGGUAAACACAGUAAGAUUUGUGUAUUUUCCAAAUUAUUAAUUAAUACCAGGCUAUCUUUUAAAUAAAUUAAUACAAAACAAAAUAUUUUUAGUACAAAAAUACUAGUUGGAAUGGUCACAUGAAAACAAUUUACAACAUUGUAAAAGAAAUUAUCGAAUAAUGUUAAAAUUUAUUCAUGCGAUUGUCUUAAUUUAUUGUAGAAUCGUAAGAAUAUGAAAGUAUUUCUUGUUGGUGCGCAUAGGAUGUUAUUUUUGUAUUUAUUAUGUAAUGUUUUUAGGAAAA